UUGCAAGGUUAACUAGUAAAACUGUAAUCAUAGUUACGUGCUUAAAAAGUCGCGAAGAAGUGCAAUUCAUUUUUGCAAAUCUCUUUUCGUCCAUCUGAAAACUUUUGUAUUAGGUGAAAAAAAUAUUUCUUCUUCUUCUUUCUUUUUUUCUCUCUCUUUCUUUUCAACGUCAUUCAACAAAGUCGUUGCUUGCAUUUAAAAUAAACAUACGUUUCAACUUUGACCUUUCGUAAGAUUUUCUGUCCGAUGUAUGAACAAUAUGAAACGUCCGAACGUUAAUCGAAUUUCGAACAAUAACUUUGAAAACUUUUCUGACGUUUUCAUGAUAGUACCUUUUGCUAAAUAACAAUAGUCUAAGCUCGAACGUAUUGUCCAAGUAUUGUAUAUAAUAAUCUGGAGUAACGGAAAACAAUACCACGAAAGAAAGAAAUAAAGAGAUAAACAGAAAGAGAGAAAAUCAAAGUAAUAUUUAUUUGUAAAACACGUCUACGUAGCUCCAACGAAUAUAAUUAAAAAACAAAAAAAAAUGAAAUGAAAUGAAAUGAAAUGAAAUGAAAUGAAAUUAAACGAAUUGAACGUAAAAGAGUCAUACCCAAAUUCUAAUUGGGUAUACCCAAAUUCCAAUUAGACGUCAAGGAUAAUGAUCAGAUGUAUCAAAUAUCGAUGAGGGAUGAAAUUUUGAAUGAAAAAUGUCGACUCACGAAAAUCAAAAAAACUUUAUCGACGAGAUCCACAACGCGUGUUUGUUACAAUGAAAAACAAAUUCAUGUCAGUCGUAUCAAAUUCUUUUCUAUAAAAUGAAGCGUCCUAAAUCGUUCUUGGGAACGAAUAAUUAUCAUCUUUUUUUAAAUUCGAUUGAAUUAUAUCAUAUACAGAUGAUAUAUCGUUAGUGAGUAUUCUAGUAAGUGGUUAGUUCACACAGUACCGUACGUAUUUUGUGGUAGGCCACGUUCGUGUAAUUACCUCUCUCUGUCUCUGUUUCUUUCUCACACACUCUUGUGUUCUUGAAUCCUUGAUACUAAUUAAAACGCCGACGCUGAGAUAAACAGGCAUAUAUAUAAGUUUUAUACGUACAUGUGUACGAGGAAAAGUGCAAUGCUAGGGAACAUAUAUGUAUAUAUAUAUAUAGUCAUGUAUAAAAAGAAGGAAAAAGAGAGUAAGAGAAUAAGAGAGAGAGAGAGAGAGAGAGAGAAUAUACGUGAACGUUAGAAUGGUCUAUGUAAAAGUAUUGAAGCGGUUCAUUGUGAGCCGAACAAUGACCGAGUGGCCAAGUGUGAGGGUCAGGGACGUGAGGAGGAAAGAGAAGACACACUUCAGACGUUCCUAUAGGUAUACAUACGUCUAUUUCUCUGUAUACCGUGUGUCUCACUAUACAUAUGCGUAUGUACGUGUGUACGGAGCUUAAACUGCAUUUUUACCUAACCUCUUUCUCACAUAUACACACGUAUGAUACCAGCAUAAAAUUUCUAAUAUCGAAUAGAAAAGAGAUGUAUCUAAAAUCCGACAUUAAAAAAAAAAAAGAAAGAAAAAAAGAUUUAAAUUAUUUCUCAAUAAUGCUUUACGACGAAUUAAUCGUGAAUUUGAUAAAAAAAAAAAGAAAAAGUGAAAAAUGUUGAAAUUGAUAAUAUCAGAUAGAAAGAGAGAGAGAGAGAGAGAGAGAGAGAGCGUUAGAACAGCGUUAGAAAACGGACUUGGUUAAUUCGUGAAACGAGUAUUCGAAGCGAGAAAUCACACAUACAUGGAGAAAAAGAGAGAGAGAGAAGUAUAAGAGCAGCAAACGGAUAAACAUUUACCAAGACGAUCGUUAUAGGUAUAGGAUAUGCAUAUGUGUAUGUGUGUCUGUUUAUAUACGUAUAUAGCAAUAAUAUGUGUGUAUGUAUAACAUGGAGUCUAGGAAGGCACGUAAGGAGCUGCGCCGAGUGCAGCUCUUCUAACGGUAAUUCCUUUAGACCAGUACCGCAACUUCUGCAGUCAGAAGAGUCGUUCCUUGCUACUGGACUCUAUCUACCACUCCUGCACUCCUUGCUCCUGUGAUUCUUUCUGUUUCUGUUUCUUCUGAAGUCCCUAUCCUAAGAAACGUACCAAUCAUCUUCUCUCUCUCUUUCUCUUUCUCUUUCUCUUUCUCUUUCUCUUUCUCUUUUACGUAGCAAAUGCAAGUGAUCGUAUGGUUAGGCUUAACAAAUUCAGGUUCGUUCAAAAUUGAAGUUGAAUUCACAAUACGGAUUCAUUUUGUUAAUAAUUGUUUUGGAUUUAAUCUUGUCUAUUUCUCUUUUACGUUGCAAAUGCAAGUGAUCGUAUGGUUAGCCUUAACAAAUUCAGGUUCGUUCAAAAUUGAAGUUGAAUUCACAAUACGGAUUCAUUUUGUUAAUAAUUGUUUUGGAUUUAAUCUUGUCUAUUUCUCUUUUACGUUGCAAAUGCAAGUGAUCGUAUGGUUAGCCUUAACAAAUUCAGGUUCGUUCAAUAUUGAAGUUGAAUUCACAAUACGGAUUCAUUUUGUUAAUAAUUGUUUUGGAUUUAAUCUUGUCUAUUUCUCUUUUACGUUGCAAAUGCAAGUGAUCGUAUGGUUAGCCUUAACAAAUUCAGGUUUGUUCAAAAUUGAAGUUGAAUUCACAAUACGGAUUCAUUUUGUUAAUAAUUGGGUAAUAAUUAUUUUGGAUAUAAUCAUGUCUAUUUCUCUUUUACGUUGCAAAUGCAAAUGAUUUUAUGAUUAGCCUUAACAAAUUCAGAUUCAUUGAAAAUUGAAAUUGAAUUCACAAUACAGAAUUUAUAAUAAUUGUUUCGGAUAUAAUCUUGUCUUUUUCUCUUUUACAUAGCAAAUGCAAGUGAUUUUAUGGUUAGGCAUAACAAAUUCAGAUUAAUUUAAAAUUGAAGUUGAAUUUACAGUACGGUGUGACAUAUUCAUUAUCAUUUCGUUAAUAAUCGUUUCGGACAUAAAAUUAAUCUGAUUUCAUUAGAUUCGAGUCGUAAGAAUUUUAAUUGUUUAUAAAGCAAUCUUUCGAUUAGGAUAAUCGACAAUAUCGAUUUAGGCGUUUAAUCACAAAUCUUUAAUUAUACUGAGUAUAAUAUUUUCAAUAAAAAUCUCGAAAAUUUCCAAAUAUUAAUAUUACUUGGAAGGAACGUUUUUCCAACACUUUUAUAACAGAAAAUUCAAAUCAAUGUUCAAAAUUAGAAAUACAAGAUUAGGUAUCACAAAAACAAAAAUUAUCGAUCAGUCUAAUCAAAUCUUUCUCGAGUGAUCCCAAAUUCUUAUUCGUUUGUCACGAAUUCUAAUCGCACGAUUAGAAAAUUUUAUAUCGCUUGAUUCUUUUCAAAUUUCUGUUUUUCUUUUUUCUUUCAUUUUAUCAUUCCAUCGGUAUACAUAAAAAAGAAAAAAAAGAAAGAAAAAAAAAUCUCAAGAACGAUUGGUGCAUCAUAAAAUUUCAUUUGCCGUAACUUAGGUUAUACUACCGACGUUUAACUCUAUUAAAUCAUUAAAUCAUUCUUAAAAGAGUUGAAAUAAAUGCAUCUCGCUGUUAGAUACAGUCCAUCCAUUUUGUUGGAACGAAAUGCAUGGAGUAUAUAUAGUAUAUAUAUAGUAUAUAUAUAUAUAUCUCCGUAUAUAUAUACCGUACACGUGUAACAAACUUACACGCGUUCAUUUCGUUCAUCCAUUCCGUCAUUAUGCUAUCAGACGAUGCAAUUGCCAAUUGGUUCUACGCUAGUAGUAAAUUUUCCUUGGCGGCGACGUCUUGCAGAUCGGUUAAACACCAUCCUCGACUUCCUUUACUCAUCCCUCACCUAUUUUCAUACUUUUUCUAUCUCACAUUUUCUAUCUCACAAAUAUACACACAUACACAUAUGCAUAGAGAUACCAGUUCGUAUUAGUUUUCCUUCUCCCUCACCCAUUUUAUUAUUUUUUAUUACUCUCUCUCUCUCUUGCUCUUUUUUUUUAUUCAAUGUAGAAGAAAGUAGAUUGCUAUUGGUUUUCUUCGACGCUAAUAUAUCGAGAUAAUUAUAUGUGUACGUGUGUGUGUUUAUGAGUAUGUUUGUGAUAUCAAAGUUUGAA